GCUGUGGAAAGUCCCCGGUGGGUGGGACUCUGGGGCUGCUCGGCGCUGAGCCCAGGUAGAGCAGGGUGGCCGCCCUUCCACCAGGAGCAGAGCCUGUGCUCUUCCGCUCCUCUCCGCCCACGAGGGCAUGCAGCUCCCGGCAAGUAAGGCCACAGCGAUUGCGGCUGUGGUGUCUAUAUCUGUCCGAGUGACGCGAGUCCAUUUCUGCGUUCACGCCUUCCUGGAAUCUCGUUGCUCCUCCUCCCCACCUGCCCUUGUCAUUUGGAAAUGAGAAGGGUGGGGGCGCAGACCGGUGGCCUGGAGCUGGGGCUCGCCAGCCUAUCUAGGCUGUCCGCUGAUUAGCUGCUGCCUUACGUUGCACGACUGUCUGAGCUUAUUAGACCUUGUGCAGUGUGUAGGGUGGUGUGGGUCUGUUAGAAAUAUUCUCGAAGUUCUCUUCUACCUCUGACGUCUCAUUUCAGGAACGUGGCAUCAUCAGGGGCAGUUACCUGCUUUUUAAAGGAGGUGAAUUAUACUUUAAUAUACUACAGGUUGUAUGCUAUGGAUGGGAACUAUUGAAGUUUAUAAUGUCAAAAGCUUUUCUUAGACGAAAGGUGUCUUCCACAAAGGUAACAGAUUGGGUAGACCCAUCAUUUGAUGAUUUUUCAGAGAAUACAAGCAUCUCUGCUAUUACUGCCACAUCGUUAAGUGUGAAUAACUCAAGCUAUAGAAGAAAGAGUGUACCUUCCACAUUAGAAAGUAGCACAUUUCCAACUAGGAAAAAAGGAACACUGUCUUCCUCAGAACAGAUAUAUGCUCUAGAAAACUCAAAAAAAAAUCUGUCUGAAAAUGAACCAUGGGUGGAUAAAUACAAGCCAGAAACUCAGCAUGAACUUGCCGUGCACAAAAAGAAAAUUGAAGAAGUUGAAACAUGGUUAAAAGCUGAAGUCUUAGAGAGGCAAACAAAACAGGGUGGAUCUAUUUUAUUAAUAACAGGGCCUCCUGGGUGUGGAAAAACAACAACUAUAAAAAUACUAUCAAAGGAGCAUGGUAUUCAAGUACAAGAAUGGAUUAAUCCGGUUUUACCACAGUUCCAGAAAAAUGAUUUCAAGGAGAUCAUGUUUAAUCAUGAAUCAAGCUUCCAUGUAUUUCCCUAUCAGUCUCAGAUGACAGUUUUUAAAGAGUUUCUACUAAGAGCAACAAAAUAUAACAAACUACAAAUGGUUGGAGAUGAUCUGAGAACUGAUAAGAAGAUAAUUCUGGUUGAGGAUUUACCUAACCAGUUUUAUCGAGAUUCUCAUACUUUACAUGAAGUUCUAAGGACGUAUGUACAGAUUGGUCGAUGUCCUCUAAUAUUUAUAAUCUCUGACAGUCUCAGUGGAGAUAAUAAUCAAAGGUUACUGUUUCCCAAAGAAAUUCAAGAAGAGUGUGCUAUAUCAAACAUUAGUUUCAACCCUGUGGCACCAACGAUUAUGAUGAAAUUUCUUAAUCGAAUAGUGACAAUAGAAGCUAAUAAGAACGGAGGAAAUAUUACUGUCCCUGAUAAAACUUCUCUAGAGUUGCUCUGUCAAGGGUGUUCUGGUGAUAUCAGAAGUGCAAUAAAUAGCCUCCAGUUUUCGUCUUCAAAAGGAAGAAACAAUUUAUGCCCAAGGAAAAAAGGAAUGCCUUCGUUAAAAUCAGAUGCUGCGCUGUCAAAAUCAAGACGAAGAAAAAAAACUGAUAAGGUUUUUGAAAAUCAAGAGGUCCAAGCUAUCGGUGGAAAAGAUGUGUCUCUCUUUCUCUUCAGAGCUUUGGGGAAAAUACUAUAUUGCAAAAGAGCAUCUUCAACAGAAUUAGAAUCACCUCGAUUGCCCUCCCAUUUAUCAGAGCAUGAACGGGAUACAUUGCUUGUUCAUCCUGAGGAAGUAGUAGAAAUGUCACGCAUGCCAGAAGAGUUAUUUAAUUUGUAUCUUCACCAAAACUACGUAGAUUUCUUUGCGGAAGUAGAUGAUCUUGUGAGAGCCAGUGAACUUCUGAGUUUUGCAGAUAUCAUCAGUGGUGACUGGAAUACACGCUCUUUACUCAGGGAAUAUAGUACAUCUAUAGCUACAAGAGGUGUGAUCCAUUCCAACAGAGCCCGAGGAUUUGCUCAUUGCCAAGGAGGAGGAUCAAGUUUUCGACCAUUGCACAAACCCCAGUGGAUUUUAAUAAAUAGAAAGUAUCGGGAAAAUUGCCUGGCAGCAAAAGCACUUUUUUCUGACUUCUGCUUACCAGCUUUAUGCCUCCAAACUCAGCUGUUGCCGUACCUUGCUUUGUUAACCAUUCCAAUGAGAAAUCAAGCUCAGAUUUCUUUUAUCCAAGAUAUUGGAAGGCUUCCUCUGAAGCGACACUUUGGAAGAUUAAAAAUGGAAGCCCUGACUGACAGGGAGCAUGGAACGAUGGACCCAGAAGGUGGAUAUGAAGCCCAGCUUAAUGGAAGACAGCCCACAGAGGAAGCUCUGGAUGAACCCACUCAAACCACAGAACCUGAAUCCUGGUCUCUUCCUUUGAGUCAGAAUAGUGGGAACGAACUGCCUGCCAGCCAGCCCCGGCCCUUUUCCACCCAGGAAGACCUGGAGGAAGAAGAGGUGGCAAUAGAAGACUAUGAGAGCGAUGGGACAUAGAAAGCAGCCCACCAGUCACAUUGCUGCUUGAGAGAUUCACACUGGCUUUAUUCAGUGGCACUUGAACAGAGAUGAUAAUACACUUUUCAAGUGAAUUACAGUUUAAGUCUUCACUGUUGUAUUUCAGCACAAGAAACUGACCUUGAAGUAUGUAGAAGACUGAGCCUUCAAAUAGUAUCUUCGUUUUUUUCUCUAGUAUUUAUUUAAUCUUGUGAGUGCUGUUAGGAGAGGUCAGUGUGUGUGAAGUGUGUUCGAACAUUAUGCCAAAUAUCACAAAAUGUGAAGGAAUAAUUCAGAAUACAAAAAGUUUAUAGGAUUGUAAAUAUGAAUUUUAAAAGUUUAUGCAAUUAUGAGUGUAAAUAAACUUUGUGCCUUAAUACACA